AUGUCGUACGGUGGCUACGCUGGCUAUGGACCUAACCAUAUGAUGGGGCAACAUGAUAAUGACAAUGCUGGAGUAUAUAAUCCGCGUACUCAUUCAAAAGUAGCUGAGAAAGAAGGAUUUCACAUGGGCGGAACCGAUGAGCCAAGAACUCUUUAUGUGGGAAACCUGGACCCUUCAGUCACCGAAGAGUUUAUUGGAACGUUGUUCGGUCAAAUUGGAAACGUAACGAAGACUAAAGUCAUUUUUGAUGGAACAAAUGAUCCGUACGCUUUUGUUGAAUUUGCGGAUCACAACAUGGCUGCUCAGGCCUUACAAACGAUGAAUAGGCGAAUGUUGUUGGAUAAGGAAAUGAAAGUGAACUGGGCAGUGGAGCCAGGACAGCAGCAACCCAAAGUCGAUACAAGCAAGCACUUCCAUGUAUUCGUUGGAGAUCUUUCUCCUGAAGUCGAUAACAAAGCUUUGAAGGAAGCCUUCGCACCAUUUGGAGAUGUCAGUGACGCUAAAGUAAUUCGUGAUGUGACCACGUUAAAGUCGAAGGGAUACGGUUUCGUUUCAUAUCCCAAACGAGAAGAGGCUGAGCGUGCUAUUGAACAAAUGAAUGGCCAAUGGCUUGGUCGUCGUACUAUUCGCACAAACUGGGCUACGCGCAAACCUGGUCAAGGCGGUGGUGAUCAGCCUGCAUCAAACGAAAAGACUUACGAUGACAUCUUCAACAUGACCACUCCCGACAACACUUCUGUGUACGUGGGAAAUGUGGCUGGAGGAGUGUGUGAAGAAGACAUUCGAGAAGCUUUCGGGAGAUUUGGUCGUAUUCUUGAAGUACGCAUAUUCAAAGUCCAAGGGUACGCGUUCGUCAAGUUCGAUUCGAAAGAUUGUGCUUGCCGAGCAAUACUGCAAAUGAACGGUGGUGAUCUUGGAGGCAAUACGAUCCGCUGUUCCUGGGGAAAGACAAGUGAUUCGGACAAGCGCCAACAGGGCUACAGCAACUACGGUCAAGGUGCUUAUGGUUAUGGAGGACAAGCUACUGGUAGCAGUGGGUACGGUGCGCCUGCCACUGGUGGACCUGGUGGAGCAGCGGUGGCUGCUGCUGCUCAAGCCCAUCAGCAGUAUUACAACUAUUACGCGCAGUACUACAGCAAUCCACAAGUAAUGCAGCAGUGGGCCAGUUAUUGGCAGCAACAGCAAGCGGGCGCUGGUCAAUCCGGUACAGCUGGAGCAAAUGGAAAUCGUUAA